GGCGCGGUGAUUGGGCCGCGCUGCGUGCCGAGGCCGUUAACGGCAGCGCGGCCGGGCCCCGGCUCCAAAACAAAGGGCAGGCGGCCCGCGGGGCGGCGGCGGGGGGAUGCCGCGUGCCCUGCCGAGGCGCCAACGGCCGCAGCGCGUCCCGGGCCGUGCGGGGGCCGCCUGAGAGCCGAGCCCGCGCCGACCGAGCUCAGGGCCGGAUGGGCGCUGCGGGCCGGGGCGCGGACCGCCGAGCGGCCGUGAGUACAGGUACCCAGUCGUGCGGGUCCCUCUGGGGCGGGUCUGAGCUUUCCCCGUGAGCUGCACCGGUUGCUGGGGCUCCCUCUCCUCGCGCUGCGGGUGUUGCUGUCCUGAGCCAGGCCCACUCGGGCUGUGACAAUCAUGGAGAGGGACAGCACAUGCUUGCCAGCGGACUCCGGGUUGUGACGCCACUGUCUUGUCCCUGCCGUGUGGAGGGUGACACCGCUGUUUUGUCCCCACUGUGCGCACAGGGCUGCACGCCCUCCGACGACAACGGUGCUUGCGUGCAUCCAGUGCUGUUUUGGUCCAAGGGCCCAGCAGAGCUACCCUGCGCCCAGCGCCAGCCAAGGGCUGAGUGUGGAGGGCACCGCCGAGAUGGUGAAGUUGACCAAAUCCAAAACGUUCCAAGCUUAUCUGCCAAACUGCCACCGCACAUAUAGCUGUGUCCACUGCAGAGCCCACUUGGCCAACCAUGACGAGCUGAUCUCCAAGUCCUUUCAGGGAAGCCAGGGACGAGCCUACCUCUUCAAUUCUGUGGUGAACGUGGGCUGUGGCCCCGCGGAGGAGCGUGUCCUCCUGACUGGCCUGCACGCGGUGGCGGACAUCUACUGCGAGAACUGCAAGACCACGCUCGGGUGGAAAUACGAGCAUGCCUUUGAGAGCAGUCAGAAAUACAAGGAAGGGAAAUUCAUUAUUGAGCUGGCACAUAUGAUCAAGGACAACGGCUGGGAGUGACACGGAGCUGUUCUCUUUUGAAUAUUAUUUUGUCAGAGACUUCAAAUGUAAUGAAAACCUAGAGCAUGUGGAUGGCAGUCUGUUUCUUGAACUCAGCCCCGGCAGGCUGGCCUCUCCCUGCUGGUCCCGUGGGUAAGUUGUCCCUCCAGCCUGGUUUCUGAAAGUCUUCAAAUGGCCUUUGUCUAACUUCUCGCAUGUCCGAGCCAGAACUCACCAACUGACAACUUACCACCGUCAAGAGUUUUAGUUCGUGCCUUCAAGACGAGUUUGGGUGUGUCCUUUCACCGAGACCAAGUGGGGCCUCUUCAGAGAGCAAGUCCUGCCCUUCUCGAGUAGCGUGAAGGGACUACAGCCCACUUUUCCCUGAAUUUUAGAGACUACAAAUCGGUGAUUCCUCCUGCAGGUGAGCUUUGGCAACCUGUGCUCACUUAGUUUGUUUCAGGUAUAGCCAGCAAAUACGUGAACAAGGGUAUUUGGGGUUUGGGUUUUUUUCUCUUUUGGUUGGUUGGUUUUAAGCCUGUUUAAAGACAGAGGACACUGCUAGCAUUUUAGAUAAGCUAGAGAAAUGUGAUAGAUGGGCCAACUUAAUUAUCUGAGAAUUAGGACUCGGGCCAGAGAGGCCUGGAGGCUAAGAGGUGGGCCCAGAGUCAAGUGUUCACGCUGGACCCACUAAAACUGGGUUCUUUUUCCACUCGGAUGUACUUGACGAGUCAUUUUUGCUGAUGGAAUUCUGUCAGAUCGACAGGGAAACUGCAGCUGGAGAUUUGCCAGUUUUAACAUGCUUUCAGGAAAGGUGCAAGUUACAGGGUGCAGCAUGUCCGUGAAGGGCCUGGGUUUGUGAGAAGCUUCACUCUCCACCCAGCCUGGCUCUGGGCGAGGCUGGGGUAGCUCAACAUGGCGUCUCCCAAGCACGCCUGUGUGGGAGGGGCUGUGCAGGCAGUGAGCCAGGUUGUGGACAGGCUAGGCCCCAAAGCACCCCCAGUUUGGGGCUGAGCCUCCCCACCUUCCCCAGUGGUGCGGCCUGUUGCCGUGGGUGUCCGUAAGAGGCACCGGGUGCUCUCACCCUGAUGAGGCUCACAGGGGCAUCAAAAGCCUGGGGGUGCGGAGAGCAAGGUCUGGCCAGACAAGCCAGCUCAGAAUCUGCACGAGGCAAGGUCAGCCUGGUGGUGAGUGCAAGCCGCAGGCCCCGGGGUUGGGGAGGUCCUCAGCUGGAGCUCCCCUGUGGCACUGACUGGAGAGAGCUGCCUCCUACCCCGGGUGUGGGGCUGCAGUGCCACUGAGUACUGAGGAACUGUUAACCCUGCCCCCGCCACCCCAUUGUCUUCACCUUGGGUGGAAGUGGGCAUCGGGCAGCUAAGCAGCCGCACCUGGGCCUACCUUUGGCACGCUGCUGCACAACUCCUGGCUUUGAGUAUGCCACACCACCACUGUGGCUGGGCGCAGAGGUCUGCAGAUGCCUCAUUGGUAGGCCGAGCCCUGCAGCUUGCCCUAGGGGAACGGAGAGGACUGGAAGACCUUCUGAGCGUGGGCAUGGGCACUGAGCUGCGCCACCGCCCUGCUCACCUCAGUUCCAGUGCGUGUCCCGAGGUUCCCAGAGGAUUGGGGGGUAACAUCACAGGGCACCUCUGAGCAGUCCUGAGCACUUCACUUAAACUGAAGAUUAUUCUAAAAUGCUUCUGACUUUUGUAUGUAACUGAAACUUCUAUUUAAGCUUUUCUAUGUUCUUGGCAAGUUUACGGCUCCUUCAGUUUGAGCACUUUGGUUUUUGUAUUGUCUUUUGUGAUGGCAUUGACAAAUUUUUACAAGUGGU